CGCCCCGCCUCCACGUGAGAGCCCGCUCGGCCGUGACCCGGAAGUCAACUUCCCGUCGCCGAGUCGCCCCCGCGAGUGCCAGCUCCUUCCGGGUCACCGCCUCGCGCGGACGCGAUUUCCUCGGUAACCGCGACCAUGGCGGCGACGCGGCAGUUGUCCAGUGGUGUGGGCCAACGUGAGGACCCCACGGGCUCCACGGACUCGCUGACCACCACCCCGAACUCCGUGCCCACCGUGUCGCCAGUGACCCCCGAGCCUGUCUCCCCGGGGCAGGUCGCCGAAUCCCCGGGCAAAAACCUGUGGGAGCAGAUCUGUGAGGAAUAUGAAGCUGAGCUGCCUCACUUUCCAGAAGGAUAUGUAACCAAACAAGAAACCCCAGUUACUGCUUCGCUAUUGGAGGAACUGGCUUCCCAUGACUUCAACACAGAGCUCUAUUUCCCAGCUUCCCAUUCCACCACCGUCUCCAACAUACCCUGCCCUCAACCUAAAUCUGAAGCAGUUGAUCCAAAAACAUGUUCUCCUAGAGAAUAUUUGGAGACAUUCAUCUUCCCAGUCCUGCUUCCUGGAAUGGCCAGCCUACUUCACCAAGCAAAGCAAGAAAAGUGUUUUGAGAGAAAAAGAACCAAAUUCAUUGCCUGUGAUUUUCUGACUGAGUGGUUAUACAACCAAAAUCCAAAGAGGACAGGGGAGCCCUUCACAGAAUUCUUCUCCAUCCCAUGUGUGCAGGAAUGGCUAAAAUACCACCCGCGGACCCCCAUCCCGCUUUCCCUCCUACUGACGGAAGAGGAAGCAGCGAUUAUCAUACAGUCCUUCUGGAGAGGCUACCUGGUUCGCUGUGAUCCCGAGAUUCAAGAAUUGCGUCGGUGGCAGAAGAAACUCUGGGAGGACAAGCACAUUCACCAGCGAGUGCAAAUGUUCUGGGCCAAACAAGAACAAAAAGUGAAAUGCGAAAUGGAAGACCAAGAGGUACCUGGAGCCAAGACCACAUCUCACAUCCCCUUAGCCACUCUUGGUAUCUUUUGUCAUCCAGGCAUAAGUGGCCUGUGCACACAAGGAAAAUGUCCACACUGUGUUUUCUCUAUCAUUUCUUUAAAGAUUGUGUGCAUAUGAAAACAGAAUCUUUUCCCACAAGACAGGAUUUGUUACAAACAUAUAUUAGUGCAAAUAGUUUAGAAAGAUACUAGUCUUAAAUUUCGUUAUCCCCAAGUUAUCCUUUCAUUGAGGUAUUCUUCAGUGCUUAGAUGUAACCUUCUAAGCCAAUUAUUCUUAAAACCCUAAUUGCAAGAGAUGAAGUGCUGUUGCUAUCAGUUUCCCCACUUUUGCAAGAUCUGUAUUUUAUGUGUCAAAUCUGUUGUGUUUUCUUUUGCAGGAAUGGAACCCAGGCUUUGUGGUGUAUGAUAGGCAAGAGUUCCACCACUGAACCACACACAUCUUAGCUCAAGUGGGACAUCUGAACCCAUCAGGCACUAAGAAUUGUUGCUGUCUAGGUCCCACAGUAUUCUAGAAAGUCCCUGCUUUUGGGGUAAAUUAACUCACGACUCUCACUUGUGCUGUGGUUUGCAGGGAGGCAGCACUCUCUCAUUCAUAGUGUCAGACUCAGCCAAAAGCCUGGAAGCAGUAUGGGGUUGUUUCGACAGGCUACCACACAUCUUAAGUAAAUAGUAAAGCCUUUAUUUUUUGUGUUAAGAACAGCAUUUUGAAAAUAAACCUAUCUGCUCAUGCUUAACAACCUUUUAAAUUUGUAAUAUUUAUAUACAGUCAUGUAUGGUACACAUUGAUUGUCUUAAAAUUUCUGAAUGAUUUUCUUUAUAAGUAU